ACGGUCCAGGUUUUGUAUUCUUGUGUAUACUAUCAAGUGGGCGUACAGUAAAACCCAAACCCUAAUUCCUGCAGUUUCUGGUGCGCCACUUUGACAGCAAACAACAAACGAGGCGGGUGAAGUUUAUAUAUACAUACUACAUGUAUAUAUAUGCUGAAGCCGACCAACAACGUUAACUCAAACCCUAAUUCAGCAAAUCUAAUCUUCUUCAAACCUCGUCAAGUUUUGUUAGCCGAGCACAAAACAAAAAGUACCACAAUGUCUAAGAAGAGUCAGCCCAAAACCAAAAACUUAACUCAAGAACAGAAGACCUGUCUUCUCCAUUCUGUUGUGAAGUACCUCGAAAACAACGCCCUGUCUAAAACCCUUAAGCGGAUUUUGUCUGAAGCUCAAAUUGAGGGUGAAGAGUGGAAGUCUUCUUCUGUUGAUUUGGAAGAUUUGUAUUGCAAGUAUUUGGAUACGUGUAACCAUGUUGAAACAACUGACAACAUUAUCAACAACCAAGAAUUACAAACAGAGGGAAAUACCAAGGAUACUAUGAGUGGCGGUGCUGUAUUGGAUGAAAUUGUCAAGAAGAAAAAGAAAAAGAGAAGCGAAACUGAAAAAGGUGCUGUUGCAGAACAACCUGAUAUUGUAGAGAAAGAAGUUGACAACUUGAAGAAGAAAUCUGAGGAGCUUUCAGAUGUUAAUGAUUUGAUCGAAUCUGCUAAAGUGAAGGGUAAAAAGAAAGACAAAAAGAGUUCUGAUUUUUCUAAUGAAAGUGAACGAGUUCAGUCUCUUGCAGAUACAGCUGUUGAUGAAAAUAACAAGCUGACUGAUAAAAUCAAGGACAAAAAGAAAAAGAAAAAGUCUAAUAAAGUUGACCAAGAAGACAAAGAAUUGAUGGAAGUUGUAGUUGAAGAGCAAUCUAAGGAUCUGUCAACUGCAGCAUGUGAUGUUGCCAAUGAGAAGAAAAGUUCCAAGAAGAGAAAAAGAUUGGUUUCUGAUGACAAUGAGAUCGAGUCCAACAGUAAGGAAGCAGAUGAAGAAAUUAAACCAAAAAAGGCCAAAGGGCUUGAAAAAACAACAAAGAAAGGCAAGAGUAUGGUAGGUGGCGAAAAUGAAGAAAGUGCAAAGGAGAACAGCCCAGUUGCCCAUAUUGACAGCACCAAAAUAUCGAAGAAAAUACCUGAUGAACAUGAAGUUGGGGACCUUGAGAAUACAAAGGAAGUUCAGCUUGAUCAUUCUAAUGGAAAUCUUGAGAAGAGUGGAUACAAGUCUAGCAAUCAAAAAACAUCAAAGAAGCAACAUAACGGUUCAGCCGAGCCGAAGACGGUAAAUGCAUUUCAAAGGGUGAAAAUUGAUGAGGUGGAAUUUGCUGAUGAGAAGCUGCAAGAUAAUUCUUACUGGGCAAAGAGCGGUGCUGAGAUUGGAUAUGGUGCUAAAGCACAAGAAGUCUUGGGGCAGGUUAGAGGAAGGGACUUUCGGCACGAGAAGACGAAGAAGAAGCGUGGUAGCUAUAGAGGAGGAAUGAUAGAUCUGCAAUCUCACUCAGUAAAGUUCAAUUAUUCAGAUGAAGAUUGAUGACCAACAGUUAGGGUGGUUCAUCAGUUUCAAUCUAUACCUCAAUGGGUUUUUUUUGGUUCGAUAUACUUUAAUAUAUUUGUGCGGUUACAAUUUUAUUACCCCUUGAGACAUAAACCAAACUUUGAGCUCAAUUGAAAACUUUUGUGAAAUUUGAACUAAAAUAUAUUAAAUUUGGCAACAAGUCUGAUCUUUGGUGGA